AUUCCGGUGGGGUGGGGGGCACCAGAGGCUGUUUGCUACAGAGCACCUGACUCGGGCUGCGGGCAGUCGGAACCCGGUACCGUCACUCCGUGAUGUCUAUCUCCGGGAUGAAGAAGCAGUUCCGCAAAGCCAGCCAGCGUCUGAAUGAGAGGUUGACGGGAGCUGAAGGAACUAGGAUGGACGACGACUUCCAGAAGUUGCAGAAGAGCGUCUCAGUGAUCGACGCCCUGGUGGCUGAGCUGCUGUCCAGAACCACAGAACUCCUUCAGCCAAACCCAGCAUACCGAGCAAAAGUGGGCAUGCUCAGUACCGUGUCCAGGAUAAGAGGACAGGCGAGGGCGACGGGAUACCCACAGACAGAGAGGAUUCUGGGAAACUGCAUGGUGUCCUACGGCCAGCAGCUUGGAGCUGCUUCCGAGUUUGGUGGGGCUCUGACUGAUGUGGGCGGAGCUCUACAGCAGAUUGGACAGGCCAGGGAUGCUCUAAACAUCAUCGUGAAACAGACUUUCAUCGACCCGCUUCAGAAGCUCCAUCACUCAGAGCUGAAGCAGAUCAAGUUCCAGCUGAAGAAGCUGAACAGCCAGCGGCUGGAUCUCGACUAUAAGAAGAGACAACAAGGAAAAGUGGCAGCAGGGGAGUUGCAGCGGGCUUGGGACAAGUUUAGCUGGUCUACAGAGAUGGCUGAGAGGAGCAUGUUUGUUCUGCUGCAGAACGAAGCGGAUCUGGUCAGUCUCCUGGCUGCGCUGAUCUCUGGGCUGCUUGACUUUCACCGAAACACCCAACAUAUCCUGCUGGGUCUCCAUGGCAACCUGCAGGCCAGACUGACUGCUGCCAGUAACAAACCGGAGCGACGGUUCAGGUCCAGAAAGGUCCAAGUCCAAGGAGACCACAACAGCAUUAUCGGGUUGGAUCAUCAGCCCUCAGACCCAGCUUCCACGUCCUCAGGAGAGCGACACCCAGUGGUACCGUCUGGACUCAGCAGGCCCAUCUCCGACAUCACUGACAACAACCUGGUCCUGGACCAGCCCUGCUGCCGGGCCAUGUACUCCUUCCUGCCGAGCCACGACGGUGAGCUGGAGUUCAGCGAAGGCGACAUCAUCCUGCUGGUGCGCCAGGUCGACGCCAACUGGUACGAAGGCUCACUCGGCGCCAGGUCAGGGCUCCUUCCUGCCUGCUAUGUGGAUGUGCUGGUGCCUCUGCCGUUACCAUGACGACGUGUCAUCAGACAUCACCCUUUCACUCCAAUAAUAUGCAAGUUUAUAGUUUCCUGUUUGUCUGGAGGGAGGAGAGGGUUCAGAACCGAUCACAGUACCAGGCUCGGUUCUGAAAAGCCUGUAAAUGAGAACUAAACCAGCAGAACCAGUCAGUGAAGAACAGGGUUCUUCUGCUGGUCCACUCUUGGUUGUUUCAGUUCAUUUGGUUCUGCUCAGCUCUGAUGGUUCCACCGCAUCAUCCCCUCUGAACCUUGGUUCUGUUGUCUGUCUGCUGCUAUGUUUGGAUCCUAGUUCUGACCCGGUUCAGACUUUAGUACCCAGACGUCUUCAUGGUGGGUCAGAACCAGCUCAAACCGUCAGCCCCCACCACCGUGUUGACAGCUGGGAUGAGCUGUUCGGGCUGCAGUGCAUUCUGGGUAAACAUCUUCACUUUGGGACGAUGCGCUAGGAGAAAAAUUUCCAAGCUGAGGCGAUAUGUCAAUGUUUUUUGAAUCAGCUGGUCGAUCUUUCUGAUUGUAAGAACCAUCCUCACUACCUGUUUGAGGUUUUUAGUUUUAGAUGAUGACCCUCUGGUCGACCAGAUGUUCUGCAGGUUUCUUCGUGUGCUAGGAAGUCAGCAGAAGGACUCAGGGUUUUCCAAAUGGAGUCCGAGGCGGGCGGAUCCAGGUUUGAUAUAGAAGGACUUUUAAGAGCUGAUAUUCUCUGGGGGAUUUUAGAAGUUUUCCACUGAAACGUGACGAGUUUCCUCUGUGACACGUUUGGAUUCAUCUGGGAAGAACGAGAGGUUGAGACCUGCAGAAGGAGCUGAGAUUUCCUGAUGUUCUCUCGACCCUAACCGUCCUCUGAGAACCAAGCUGCUGGGCUGAGAAGAUGACUGCUUGUCCAGAAGGUUAGAGGGUUGUAAUGAACAUGUUCAUCAUCAUAACAUGUAACAGGUGUGGUCAGGUGGAUUUACUAAAUCCCACAUGAUGGCUGUUCCUGACGCUUAGGUCCAUGAAUGAGAAGACAUGCAGUAAUCAUGGAUGUCCCUUAAUGAGACGCUUCAGGACACCAGCUGUGUAGAUCUUUGUUUUACACAUGAAGGAAGCAGCUUGUGUGAAUCUAAAAUGUUUUUAUUCAGCAGGACCUUUAAAUCUUUUCCUUUUUCUCCUUCAGGGAAACAUCUGAUUUGUUGUGGGAUGUUUGAUUUUUCUUGGUGUUUUUUAGUGUAAAUUUUUUUAUUUGUACUUUUCUCUGUAGAAGUAAAUUCCUGGAACAUAUCUGACGAGAUCUAAAUGUCUUCUGGGUGACUUUGUAGAGGUUUGGGGGACUUUUGCCUAUAAAUCACUUCAGAUUUUUGCUGUAAAAACUCAGAAUGUUCCUUUUUAAUAAACAGAUUCUUUGAUCCGUA